AUGGAUAAUGAUGACAAGUUGAUAACAGACUUGAUUGCAAGAAUUAAUAUACAGAUAAGGUUACAGAAGAAUCUGUCACCAAAUGCAUAUCAGACACAGGAUCAGAUACAACAGGAGCAUAUUAGAAGAUAUAAUGAAGAGACGUUGAUAAGAUUAAGUGCUACAAAGCUCAAUAUCAUCGCCGCUGGAUUGUCCGAGGCUUUGGAGAAGUUGAUCAGUCGCAAGGAUCGUGAUGAGACCAUUGAGCACAACUCAUGGGCAAUAGGAUAUAUACUUAAUCUAUUGGCCAAGUGUAUGGCACAUCAAUGGUAUCAUAUUAAAUCACAAUUUAGGAAUGUACAGAGACUUGAUGAGAAGGAAGCAAUAAGAUUGAAGGAGAAAGAGGAACAAAUAUUACCUCCGCCUUUGGAGGAGAACUUGGCCAAGCUGAUAUUGUUCCAGGCAGUAACAUGUUUGAUGCGCGCGAUCAAUAAUAGCGAGUCUGAACUGCAGGUCAGCUCGGGCAAGGUGAUCUUCCAGCUGUCAGCCACCAACUACGAGACGGUCAGCGCCAAGUUGACCGAGAUAUUGAUCACGAUCGUCACGAGCAAGGGCGAAGUGGACGAGCAGGUCACCAAUCAGUUCUUCCUGAUCGAGCACUUGAACCUCAACUCAAAGCGUCUGUCCGAGCUGCUGGACAAGAUCACCAAGUCGGCCAACCACUUCAAGAAGGAGCGCCACCAGUUUGUGCUGAGCCAGGUGUUGCGUAAGGCCGUCUGGAACUGGAUCGACAACUAUCCAAUGGAGUUUGUGACGCUGUGCAAGAUGUGCGAGCGUCUGCCCGGCCAGCCCGACGUGCUGUUUGAUGUACUGGACAGCUGGGCCAAGAAGACGGCGCACAAGAAUAGCUUCUGGCCGCUGCAGACGAUGCUGCUGAUCCUGUGUCCAGACAUCAUGCUGGCCAUCCACAAGAACGAGAAGAACAGCGACACAGCGGCCAAGGAGCGCUUCCUGGACGCACUCAAGAAGGCACUCAAGGUGCCAAAGCUGGCCGACGUUGCGGCCGUCUGCUAUGUGGACAUCUGCAAGGCAUCGACCUUCGUGUCCAAGUCCGAGAUGUCGGCGCUGCGCUACAUCGUGCCUGGCAUCGAGACCGAGCUGAAGGAGCGUCUGUUCAACCCAGCGCGCGUGCCCGACGGACCAAACGACAUUGACCUCAUGACUGAUUGUCUGGUGUCGUCGUUCAAGAUCUCGCCGCGCAAGAUCUCCAUCCUCAUCCCAGACAACAUCCCCGACCUGCCGGCGCACUUCAAGAUGGUGCUGGUCAAGUCGCUGCUGCGCAUCGCCCAGGAAGACAGCUCCAACUCGCUGCCGUGGAGCCCAUCCAUCACAGACGCCUACGCACUGGUCUCUACGCAGCUCAAGUCGCUGUUCAACGAGUACUUGCUCUCAAUCCGUUCGUACUCAUUCCUCAAGAACGCCACAGACAAGAAGUCCAAGUUGCAGUUUGAGAAGGUGGCCUUUGACACACAGGUCAUGUACCUGCUGAUCCAGCUGUUCCUGGCCGACCCCAACCUCGUGCUCUACACAUCCAAGCCAAUGGCGCAGAACCUGGAGGACAUCCGCAACAUCAUCACUGGUCUGUGCUUCUGCUCGUCGCAGUUCCAGCUAGCCGACAUCUCAGACGUGGCAGCCGAGACGCUGCUAAAGUUCCACAACGCCACUUACAUCGAUUGUUGGUACGAGCGACGAAUGAUCAAUGGCUUCUGGGAGAUAAGCUCAGCGGUGAACGUGUCGCUGGCCAACGCUCUGAUUGAGCAGAAGGAGAUCAAGGCAGGACAGAUCCAAAAGUUGAUCACACUGCUAGAGGAGAUACUCAUUCGCAGGAACGCCUUCCUCGACAAAUCAAAGGACACACUGCGACCAGAGAUGUCGGUGCGCGACGUCCGUCUACAAGGCAGCACGAAGUUGGAAGUCGCGCUGCUGAUACACCUGUGCUCACCCGAGCCAGAUAUUUGCUCAAAGUGCGCCACGUGCUUUGGACUGCUCUGCGAGGAGAUUGAGAUUCUAGGCGACACAUCAGACGACGCCAACAGCAUCGUCACCAACUACUCAAUCUACAAGAAGCUGUCGACAGCUGGUAUCCUACAGACUGGUCGCCAGCACCAGCAAAAGGUGAUCCGCUCACUGCUGCGCAGGAUCGAGGCGCAGACCACGGGUAACUACGCGGCGUGGGAGGAGGUCUACCAACGCUGGACGGCGCUCACACCGAUGCUGAUCGCCAACGAGGACAUGGAGCGCGCCAAGAAGCAGACCAGCGUCAUAUUCAAGCCGGCCGACAAGUCGGUCAUGGAGAUCAAGCAGGAGUGGCACAACUCACUCGGAUUCCUCUGCUCCAUGUCGGGUAUCACACUGAACAAGGAGACUACGGUCAAGGUACAGGACAGCAGCAAGAUCCGCCAGAAGAAGACACAGCACGAGCGCACGGCCAAGGUGAUUGCCAGCUUCCUGGACGAGAUCAUCGAGCUGAUUGUCCACGAGUCGGCGUUCAUGCGCGAGAGCUCAGUGCUGCUGGUCGGCACGGGCCUGUCGCCCGCAUCAUACGCGUGGCUGUUCCGUGUGCUCCAAGACGAGCUGCAAUCAUACUUUGGUGAUGCUGGCCAGCUGCUGGAGAACAGCGAUCGAUGCACACAGUUUGUCGAGCAGACCAUCUCGAUUGUAAAGCACAUCCUGGACACGUCGCAGGAGGCAGAGGACCUGUCAAUCAUCACAAGCUUUGAGAGUCUGAUGCUGUUGAUCAUCAAGUACAUCAAUCACAUGGUGGCCAGCGCCAGCAUGCGUAUCAAGAAGAACUUUUGUGGCCUCCUCGACAUGGUCAUGGUCAAGCGACACUAUAUCUCCUUCUCCAAGGAGAUGGAGUUUAGGAACACGCUGCUGGAGAACAUUGUGGAGUGGACGUCGGACUUUGCCAUGAACCCGUCGCUCACCAGCUCAACAGAUCUCUCACGUAUCGAUGCCGUUAGCGAACAGAACAAGAGUGAGAUGACCAAGAAAUUGACCAAAGAGGUGGACAUUGCCUGUAUCACUACCAUUGCCUCGCUGUUGCGUGGCCUCGAAUUGCCAACCACCGACGCUGGUGUUAACAUGUUCAAGAAGUACUUCACAUUCUUUACAACCCUUCUAACCAGGUGCAAGCAAGAUUCUGCCGAAGGAUCGACUGCACUUGCAGAUGGAGCAAUCAAGAGUUUAAGUAAUAUGUUGAGCGCAAACAUUCAUUAUGAAUACUUUGUGAUGAUGGGAUAUCAUGAGGACCAUGAGACACGUGCAGCAUUCCUAAGAGUGAUUGCCAACAUCUUGAAUCAAGGCACAGGAUUCGAUGCAGUGACAGACGAGCCCGAGGAGAAGUACGAGAAGUUCAUCGAUCUGUUGCUCGAGCCAGAGUUCUACGCGAUCCUCUCUUUCAUCGAAGCGAUCCCCAUCACAGAGGCCGACGAGCUGGCGCCCAUCCUGGUCAACUUCCUCGAGCACCAUGACCGCACGCUCGUCGUUCUAAAGAAGGUGAUCCAGCAGGAGGUGGUCAGCACGGAGAACGUCAACAGUUUGCUCAGACGUAACAGUAUGGCCACAAAGAUGCUGGGUGCGUUCACCAAGCACAUUGGCCGUCCAUACCUCAAGCUGGCGCUCUAUCCAGUCAUCAACAACCUGAUCAAUCAGAAGGAGUCGAUGGAGAUUGACCCGACUCGUCUGUCACCCACCGACGAUGCCGCCGUCAACACAACGCGUCUUAUCAACCUGACCAAGCAGUUCCUCAAGGCGAUCCAAGAGUCGCUCGUCCAGCUACCUCUUGCGCUGCGUGAGAUCUCGGCACACAUUGCCAAGGUCGUCUCAGAAACAUUCCCUGGCAACGAGAAGAUGGCCAUUGGUGCCAUUGGAGGUAUCAUGUUCCUGCGAUUCAUCUGCCCGGCCAUCCUCAACCCGGACUUUUAUGGCAUCGUCUCCACUGGUGCCCUCACCCAAGACACUCGUCGCUCGCUCACACUCUGUGUCAAGCUGCUGCAGAACAUGGCCAACGGCCAGCUGGGUGUCCGUGAGUCCUUCAUGUCCAGCUUGAAUGCGUUCGUUGCUGAGCACAUGAAGGUAAUGGAGGAGCUGCUCGAAUCAUUCGCAGUCAUCUCGCCUGACCUUCCCGCCAACGCAGCCAAGGCUGGAGGCGGUGUCAACGACUCGUGGACCUGGGAGUCCAAGGAGGAGGACAUCAUCGUGAUGCACAGGCACAUGGCCAACGGCAGCGAGAAGAUCACAAACUACCUCGUGUCACACUUCAAUCAAAAGGCCGUUGCCGACCAUCUCACGCAGGUGCUGCAGCGUCUGGGACCUCCCGCCACGAUCGAGUCGCGCAAGAAGACCACAGUCAGCUCGCGAUCAAACAUCCCUUCGUCAUCGGCAAAGGGUGGUAACCAUUAUGAAGACUUCAUGCGUCGUCACGACGCCACCAACAUCGAGCAUCUCAAACAGAAGAAGAUAUUCUACAAGCAGGGCGUUACAAAGGAUCGCCUUCCAGUGUUCUAUUACAUCGCACGACGUUACGAAGCCUCGUUCGACAUGGAGCAGCUGCUGUUCCUUAUGCUCAAGACGCUAAAGGACAGUAUACGCGCGCCUUUCUCAAUGGUGAUCGACUGCACGUCUGUCACUAACGACCACAUCAUACCGAUCUCGUGGUGCACGACUUGGAUGCGCCACUUCCCCCAACAACUCAACGAGAACCUCAAGACCAUCUACAUUAUCAGUCCCAACCACAUACUCAAGAAGUUCAUGAAGCGUGUCGGCAAGCUAGUGGGACGUGCCGCCAAGAAGAUCAUCUUCCUGACCAACCCCGUCAAGCUGUUUGACUAUGUUGUCGAGGCCGACAAUGGACUGCCACCCAACUCGCUGGCCAUGGAGACAGAUGUCAAGGCCACCUUCUCACCAGUCGUCAAACUCUCGGGCCAGUACCACGAGAAGAGUCUUACACUGCGCACUACCUCUGACACCAUCCAGCUCAUCUCGAUCAAGCAGUACCCAAUCCUGGGCCGACCCACACCUCUCGUCGACAUCUAUCACAUCUCGACCAUUCUUGAGACUGACCUGGUGGACAUCAACGACAACGACCAGGAGUUCUUCAUCAAGUACGAGAACAACGGACCCAAGUCUAUGGCACUGCGCAGUGCACAGCGAAAGCAGGUGAUCCAGGCGAUCGUGCAGUGUAUCGCGCGUUGGAAGCUGUCCAAGCCCGAGACCAAGGUGUCCAGCCGCGUGUUCCGCCCACAAGACAUCCCAGGCACGCUGCUCAAUGUCGCCUUGCUCAAUCUCGGCUCGACCAGGAACGCGUUGCGUGUCGCCGCCUACAACAUGCUGUCGGCGUUGUGUCGCAACUCCAACUUCUCGAUCAACAUGCAGCUCCUUGAGACGAGCGGCCUAUGCAUCCCCAAGAACAUCAGCCAGUUCAUCAUCCGCAUCUCUGACAAACUAUCCAAGACCCAGACACCACUCACACUCGAGUUCCUUCAAGAGUCGCUUCAUGGUAUAUCCCGCGCAUCCGCGAUCGCCAAGCAUCUGGUGCUGGACUACAUCGAGCCAUGGAUACCCAACCUCACGCUGUUCUGCCAGCGACCUGGACCCGACCACCUCGAGCGCUACAAGAAGACGAUCAAUGUGAUUAAUCAACUAAUCGACCUCAGCAUCAAGGAAGCCUCAAUGAAGUCCGUCAUCUUGGCCAAGAUCUGGACGACAAUCGGACGCCAGAAGGAAGGCCUUGUGAUACUGGCGCUCAAGUGUCUGGUGCGCAAGUGCCAGGAUGCCGGCUUUGGUCAGCCUCACUGCGAGGCCAUCUGCGAGAUGGUCUCGUCCAUGGGCUCAGUGUCUGCGCAACUGGUAUCGGGCAAGCUUAUCGCGCGCGUCACUCGCAUCCUCGACAAGACCGCGCAGGAGCCGGUGUUGGACCUCGCUGAUCACCGUCUGUGGCCCAAACUCAUUGUCUACAUUCGCCUGCUGCUGUACCUAUCGUUCGACAACUCGAUCUGCUCGCACCUCUACCUUGCCGACCUGCUGCACAUCAUCUGUUCGCUGUUCUGCGUGGGCAGCAUGCAGGUGCGCAUCACGAUCCACGCGCUGCUCAUCAACACCAUCCACUCGCUCUACACAUUCCUCGUGUCGCACGACAGCAAGCUCACGACCAUCCCCUUCCUGUUGUCCGAGUUUGGCCAGCCUUCGUUCCGCCUGCUCUUUGGCAUCAGCAACAGCAACAUCUCGGCUGCCGACUCGCCGCUCAACGACAACUCCACCAAGGACUUGGAGAAGAUAUCGAUCACAAACGUCGACCCAGUGGUCAAUGCGAUCUUUGCGAUACUCAAUGUGUUCCGCGACAACUUUGAGGCGGCCAAGGUGUGGCACGCACGUUGGGUGUCGCUCACAACCAUCACGGCGUUGCGGCCCAACCCGCCCAUCCAAAGCCGUUCGCUCAUCACAUUGGGAAUCAUUGCGCGCUCAUCCACACAACCUGUGCGCGACGUUCUCGUCUACGACAUCAUCUGUGUGCUACGCAAUGCUGUUGUUUCGCCACGCGCACUACAAGACAACUCGGACAUCAUCAUCGGAGCUCUGCAAUGUCUCACACGACUGUUUGAGUACCUGCCCCCGACUAGUCGCUUCAUCCCCUCGCUGUUCUGGGUGGCCUCCACCUUUGUCCAGCUAUACGACAGCCGCAUCUUCCCAUCAGCCAUCGCGCUACUCGAGACGAUGCUCAAGACAAUGGAUCGUCGCGACCUCUUCCAGGAGUCGGUCAGCAAGACCAUCAUGGCGUCGCGCGAGCACCACGCCGCCAUCCUCACCAAGCUGGACAACGUCACUGGUAUCAGCUUCGAGAGCAACUUUGCCUUUGCCAUCACAUCGCACCUCCUAAAGGGAUUGAAGUUCGCCUCGACCAAGACAGCGACAUCGCGUCUACUCAGCACCUUUUUGAACAUCUCUACAAAGAAGAGCAACUCAGGCGCUGCCAUCCUACCUUAUCUCGCCGCACUGCUCACUACCGAGGGAGAGGUUUCCAACAUCGAUCAGAUCACGGCCAUCGCUGGCGAGUCAAGCCGCACAUCGUCCACUCAGUUGUUGCUCAAUGAGCACAUGAUCCCCGACACGGACCACGCCGCCCUCUUCUUCACGCUGCUCGUCACCAUCCUAUCACACAGUGAUCGCGAGCAUGAGCAACUGUUCAUAUACGAGGCGCUCAAGGAGGGUAUCCAGUUCAUGCCACAAUCAUUCCCAGUGGUGUACAAGACAUUGAUACCCAAGAUAUCGACGGUGAUCUCGUCGUCGCAGAUCGAAAAGAUGAUACAGGCGUGCGAAGCCAUCAUGGUGCACAUGUUCUCCUAUCAGAUGGAGUCGCCCACCACCAACAACAAACUGUCGUUGACACAUCUCAAGAAGCUGGGCUUCCAGGGCAUGCCAGAGUGUGGCUCAGGAUUCAGUCGACCGUCCACACACAUCAACGAGUCGAUACUCAAGGCAUGUGGCGAGUUGAUGGACUCGCUGUGCAAGCAAGUCGAGGGCGAGGAUUCCAAGGACAUUGAAGAGGACAAGGACUACACAGAAGAGCCCUUCACUGAACAGAAUGAGGUCAAUCACGACGAUGACCUGGAUGAUUUCUCGGACGAGUUCAUCUUCCAAACACCCGUCUAA